AGCUUAUUCGAUUUGCGCAAAAACGAGGCCCAAUUUUUUUUUCCGUUCCUUCUAAUAGUGAGUGCGUUAGCAGCUUUACUGUUCAGAGUCUUCAGACCGGCGUAGAAGAGAGAGACGGCGAGCGAGAGAGAGAGAGAGAGCUAUGGGUUGGAUCGGGGAGCAAAUAGAGUCAAUCAAAUCCAUUCAGAUCAGACAACUCAUCACUCAAGCUGUUAGUCUCGGUAUGAUUGUGACAUCAGCAUUGAUAAUAUGGAAAGGGCUAAUGUGUGUAACUGGUAGUGAAUCACCUGUUGUCGUUGUGCUUUCUGGAAGCAUGGAACCUGGCUUCAAAAGGGGUGACAUUUUGUUCUUGCAUAUGAGCAAGGAUCCUAUUCGUGCAGGAGAAAUUGUCGUCUUUAAUGUUGAUGGACGAGAAAUUCCUAUUGUCCAUCGAGUUAUAAAGGUUCAUGAGCGUGAAGAUACCGGAGAAGUUGAUGUCCUAACAAAAGGAGAUAAUAAUUUUGGGGAUGACAGACUUCUGUAUGCUCAUGGUCAGCUGUGGCUGCAACGACAUCAUAUCAUGGGGAGAGCUGUCGGGUUCUUACCUUAUGUAGGUUGGGUGACAAUCAUCAUGACUGAAAAGCCUAUCAUCAAGUAUAUACUAAUAGGAGCGUUGGGACUGCUGGUCAUUACGUCAAAGGAGUAGGGAACUUCAAGGGAGUAGGAAAUCAGGUUAUUCAUAGCUCAUAACAGAAAUUUUUUUUAUUUUAAGCAGAUCUUACAGUUAUGUUGUAGACUGGUACUUGCAUGAAAAGAAAAUAUUUGUUGGGUGGACCAAAUGAUGC